AUGCUCAACAUCCCGGCCAAUCAGGAAGCGGGUCCCGAGACCCAAUUGGCCAGGAGUCCCAAGGACCCAAUUGGCCAGGAGUCCCAAGGACCCAAUUGGCCAGGAGUCCCAAGGACCCAAUUGGCCAGGAGCCCCAAGGACCCAAUUGGCCAGGAGCCCCAAGGACCAAAUUGGCCAGGAGCCCCAAGGACCAAAUUGGCCAGGAGCCCCAAGGACCAAAUUGGCCAGGAGCCCCAAGGACCAAAUUGGCCAGGAGCCCCAAGGACCAAAUUGGCCAGGAGCCCCAAGGACCAAAUUGGCCAGGAGCCCCAAGGACCAAAUUGGCCAGGAGCCCCAAGGACCAAAUUGGCCAGGAGCCCCAAGGACCAAAUUGGCCAGGAGCCCCAAGGACCAAAUUGGCCAGGAGCCCCAAGGACCAAAUUGGCCAGGAGCCCCAAGGACCAAAUUGGCCAGGAGCCCCAAGGAUCAAAUUGGCCAGGAGUCCCAAGGACCAAAUUGGCCAGGAGUCCCAAGGACCAAAUUGGCCAGAGGUCCCAAGGACCAAAUUGGCCAGGAGUCCCAAGGACCAAAUUGGCCAGGAGUCCCAAGGACCAAAUUGGCCAGAAGGAGAAGUGA